CGGAAUAUCUUAUUGACAGUCAAAUGUCUCCUAUAUUUAAGAAAUUUAGCCAAAAAUCAAAAAUAGUCUCAAUAUUUUGCAUCAAACCAGAUCUCUCAUUUUCCUUUACCUUUUCUUUUUUAUUCCCCUGAUUUCUUCUUCUUUCUCUCUCCUCUCUGUCUUUCUUCUCUCUCUUCCCUCAAAUUUAAGGAACCUGGUCAAUCAAUGGAGCACCAGCUUCUUCUCCUUUUCUCCACUUAAAUAACCCAUUUUCAAAAUCAUCCCAUUUUCAAAUUUAACUCAAUUUUUAAAUUAACCCAAAAAAAAUCAAAAAAAAAUUUAAAAAAUCAAAAAAUACAAAAAAAAAUUGAAUUUUGAAUCUGGAUUUUUGUGGGUUGUUUCAGAAAUUUUCUGGGUUGCAAUGGAUCUAAGAGUUUUAAUGGUGUUGGGUGUAAUUUGUAUUUGGCAAUGCAACGAGAUUUUAAUGGUUUCAGGCAAUGCUUUUUUUGAGGUUGAACAUAAAUUUAAAGGUGGGAAUAGAACAUUGAAGGAGCUUAGAGCACAUGAUGUUCGUCGCCAUGGUAGAAUGCUUGAUGCUGUUGAUUUGCCUCUUGGUGGUAAUGGGCAGCCUUCUGAUGCUGGGCUGUACUUUACGAAAAUUAAGAUUGGAAAGCCUCCUAAGGAGUAUCAUGUACAGAUUGAUACAGGAAGUGAUGUUUUGUGGAUAAACUGUGAGGGAUGCGAAAAGUGCCCCAAGAAGAGUGGGCUUGGAAUAAAGCUGAAUCUCUAUGAUCCAAAGACUUCAUCUACGGCCAACUUAGUAAACUGUGAUGAUUCUCAAUGUACCAUGAUAUACCAGGGCACUCUAUCUGGUUGCCAACCAGAUAUGCUUUGUCAAUAUGAAGUAACUUAUGGUGAUGGGAGCACAACUUCUGGAUACUUUGUUGAAGAUGAUUUUCAUUAUGAUAGGGUCUCUGGGAAUAUGCAAACAACAAGUGGGAAUGGCUCUAUUGUUUUUGGUUGUGGUGCUAAACAAUCCGGUCAGCUCAUUACAGCAGAUGAAGCACUUGAUGGGAUAAUGGGUUUUGGACAAGCAAACUCGUCUGUGCUGUCACAGCUUGCAGCUUCAGGAAAGGUGCAGAAGAUGUUUUCUCACUGCCUGGACAAUAAAAAGGGUGGUGGAAUAUUUUCCAUUGGCCGUGUUAUCGAGCCUAAGAUGAAUCAUACUCCAUUAAUUCCAAACCAGGCACAUUACAAUGUUGUCAUGAAAAGUAUAGAGGUGGAUGGCGAGGUUGUAAAACUCGAUACCGAUACCUCUGGGAGCGAUAGGGGAGCAAUUAUUGACAGUGGUACUACUUUGGCGUAUCUCCCAGAUGAUGUUUAUGACAAGAUUGUUAACACAAUUCUUGCCAAGCAGCCCCAGCUACAAUUACAUACUGUAGAGGAUCAAUUCAAAUGCUUUCAAUAUUCUGGAAAAAUUGACGAUGGAUUCCCCAAUGUUAUCUUCCGUUUUGCAAAUUCUCUCACCUUGACAGUACAUCCCCAUGAAUAUUUCUUUCCACUCACUGAAGGCGAAAAUAAGUGGUGUGUAGGUUGGAUGAACAGUGGAUUACAAUCUAGAGACGGGAAAGAUGUUACCAUCUUGGGAGAUAUUGUGCUCUCCGGCAAAGUAGUGUUUUAUGACCUUGUAAAUCAAACUAUUGGAUGGACCGAAUACAAUUGCUCGUCGAGCAUCAAAGUAAAAGAUUCAGAGUCAGGAGCUGUGUAUACUGUAGGCGCCCAUGAUCUUUCUUCAGCUAACUCUUUAAUUUCUGGGAGGAGUUUAUUGUUUUUGUUUGUGCUAAUUAACCUUUUUUUCACAAUUGAUCAUUAAAAAAUCCAUUAAUUUUUUUCUAGGAAUUUUUUUAUAUUGCGAAGGAGCUGUUAUCAAUUGAUUUUUCGUCCGAUUUCAUUAAUUUACAUACAUGUAUAAUGUGAUUUAACAUCAUUCUCCUAAUGCCUUCUAUUUUCCAUGCUUUCAUGGCGGCGAAGAAUACCUAUGAUCUGAGUGGACAAAGAGGAAGCUUCAGCUACCUUCACACUUUCUGGCCUUGGGCUUACCUUUCUGUAUUAGCACUUGCAACAAUUUCUGAAUCUUUAUUUUACA